AUCGAAGACCCAAAGAUCAAUGUGUAUCUGAUAUAUAUAACUCCUGAAGAUCAGAUCCUGGUAAGUAAGAAGAAACCCUUUGAGGCUGUUGCAAGGCACAAUAGCUACCCCGCAUAUGCACUACGGCACCCCACACCGGGAAGCUCGAGAUGCAUCUCCUCAUGGGUCUGCAUAUUGCCUCAAGCCAUCACCGAACAUCAGUUCAACACCCUGACUUUUUUCCUUUCUUCCUUAGAGCGGAGAUCCUGUGCAAUAUAUCCCGAUUUUAGGACCAACCUCACAAGACCGGUCAGCGAACCGACGAAAUCCCACGGCCCGGAGGAGCUUGCUGAACGACGCUCACACUCCACCUGCAGGCAGAAUGGGCGAAAUCGGAGACCACUACAGAGAUUUGAAAGAACAUCGCAAGCAACAGAAGCAGAAGAAGCUGGAAGGGAAAUCGAAUCCCCCCCCUCGACGCCGCCGCUGUUGGGAUUGGAUCAUCGUUGGGGGCGACUACCACUACGCAAAGAAUCGAUCCUCUUUCAAAGAAUAUCAUCGAAUAAAGGCAAAGGUUGGGUUGACUCGAGUGAUUGGGAUUGGAAUGAUUGAGCUACAGGUUGAGCGGAAGGAUGGAACGCCAUACACAUUGGUUCUGGAUGAUGUCUUGCACACUCCGAGUGCUAUCUGCAACGGGUUCAACCCGGGUUUGAUAGAUGGCCAGCAGAUGUGGUCUGCCACUGAUACUGUUGAAGGAACGGAUGGGAGCGGGCAUUCCUCGUGGCAUGCGAGGAACUUCUUUGGGUUGCCGCGACUGGUGAUAGUGAACAAUCCGGAAGGAGAUUCACAAAUCGAGAAAGCAAAGGUGAAAAGGAAGUUGCCCUUCUCGCUGAGCCUGGUUGUGAACGAAGAAGAGAGAGACAAGAUUGAGGAUCAAAACAUGGUGAUGGUCCAGAGGGAUGGCGGUGCUUCUCUAGACGCAACGGAAGAUGAGGAUACGGUAAAAGUUCCCCCAUCCAGGAUUUGAUUCAAAGGGAGACGAGAGCAGGAUCCGGGGCGUCUCUUCCUGGGGCAGGGGAACAAUGUGGAUCCGUUAACAAAGGUAGCUGUCUUCUUUGGGUCCUUUUUGCCACCAUAAUCUCCAUUCCAGGAGUGAUAACCCGAUUUGUGGAAUGAUUCGUGCUUGCCGGUCUACCUUGGCGUCAGGUCUCUUCGAUCUUUGCUAUUUUGCAGGUGGAACCAUUGGAAAGGAGGAAAGGGUCAACCCCUUACUUAUCUCACAUGUACAAUACCCUGUUUUUCACAUCAAAUCCUUGAUACAGACGAUUCUAGCAAAAGAAAAUGGCAGGUUCCAAAACUAGCUCAGUUAAGGGCGAAGGGGCGACAGGGGUAGCUACAGCCCCUCUCACCGCUAACGCCACGUCCCGGACCUCCGC